AUGUCUAGAUUAGAAAGAUUAUUUACAUUGCUAGAGACUGGUAGUACUCCUGCAAUUAGAAAAGCAGCGGCACAGCAAAUCGGUGAAGUUCAAAGACUACAUCCUCACGAGUUACAAUCGUUAUUGGAUAACCUACACUCUAGACUCUUAAGUAAAGAUUGGGAUACUAGAAUUGCUGCUGGUCAGGCAAUAGAAGCAAUUGCAUCACAUGUUCCAUUAUGGAAUCCACAAUAUAGAUCAUCAUCAUCAUCAGAUAAUAAUAAUAAUAACGAUGAUAAUAACAAUAAUAAUAAUAAUACAUUAACAACAACAACUACAACAACAACAACUAAUAAUGAUGAUGACGAAUUAAUGUUUGAUUUAACAUUUGAAAAGUUUGAUAUUACCAAAGUGUUGAGUAAUGGAAGUUUGUUGUUGGCAUCGGGUGGACAGGAGUUUGAACCGGAACCACAGAUGCAAGGUGUAGAUCCAAAGGAAAUACUAAAGAUACAACGAAGGAAGAUCAAGAAGAAGUUGGGUUUGGACGAUAUUACAUCGAAUGGCAUGGAGUUGAUCGACGAUGAAGAUCUUAUCUAUAUAAAGAAGGAACCGACCAACAACAAUAAUAAUAAUAGCAAUCAACAACAACAGCAAUCAUUACAACAACAGGAAGAAGAUAGAAAGGAUAUUGGUACUGUUUUGGAUACCAGUGGAAUGAGUGCACGUGAGAAAAACAAAGCGAAACGCAAGGCUAAAUCCACCUUGAAAGAGAGUACCUCUGGUACUACCAAGCGAUACAAAGAGAUGAACAGCUCAGCCGAUAACCUCAAGAAGAGUAAUCAGUCUGUCAAAGCGCCAACGAAACAACAUAUCACUGAGCAACCUCAAAACUCUGGUGUCAUCGUGUUGGAAUCGGUACUCGAUGUUGACAAAGCAUACAAUCAAGAUGAAUGGCCAUUCACCUCACUUUACGAUGAUCUUUUAAUUGAUCUCUUUAAUCCACAAUGGGAAAUUAGACAUGGAUCAGCAGUUGGACUUAGAGAAUUAUGUAGAAAACAUGGAAAGGGUGGUGGUGUGACUGUAUAUACAAAGCCAGAGAGAAUUGAGCUUGUAAAUACUCUUUGGUUAGAGGACUUUGCUAUUAGAUUACUUUGUGUUAUUGCAUUAGAUAGAUUCGGUGAUUAUAUAUCUGAUCAAGUUGUUGCACCAGUAAGAGAAACAUGUGCACAAGUACUGGGUUUGGUUGUUAAAUAUAUGAAUGCAGAUAGUGUUAUGAGAGUUUUAUCGGUGUUGUUGCAUCUUCAGGAUAAUAAGCAGUGGGAGGUAAGACACGGUGGUUUGCUUGGAAUCAAGUAUUUAGCGGUGGUCAGACUGGAUCUUAUCGAUUUGGUGUUACCGAGAAUUUUGGAUGCGAUUACCAAAGGUCUGAGUGACCGUGACGACGACGUGCGUGCCACUGCCUCUGAAACAUUCCAACCGCUAGCCAAGCAGCUGGUUGCCAACCACCGAGACCGAAUCCAACAGAUCCUAACAAUUCUCUGGGAUAUCCUACUGGAACUCGAUGAUCUAGCAGUCUCGACUGCCAGUGUUUUAAAUUUAUUAGCUGAUUUCUAUUCUUUUUCAGAUGUUAUAUUACCGACUACAACAACAACAUCUAAUAACAAUAAUAAUAAUGGUCAUGUACAGUAUCAACAACAACAACAACAACAACAAUCAACAAAAUUAAGUGAAUUAGUACCUAGAUUAUAUCCAUUUUUCAGACAUUUAUUAUAUAGUGUAAGAUUAUCAGCUAUUCAAACGGUGAAUAGAUUGAUUAUGGCAACUGGUUGUGGUGUCAAUGGUAACCAUCAGUGGUUGUUACCGAUUCUGACUGAUUUACUACGUUAUGUUUUUCAGAAUAUAAUAUUGGAGGAGCGUCACGAUAUCGUUGAGAUCUCACUAAAGACAUGGAAUCUUUUGAUUCUUAGCUUUGAGCCUGCAAUCAUCCGACAAGCAACUCUUCCAUUCUUGGUUCAGUGGAUCUCGUUACUCUCGACCGUGCCCGGUACUCCAAUGAAUCAAGACUAUCUUUUAUUCUCCACGCUAAACUCACAUUCCGCAAAUAGUCAUCAUCCAUCUGCUGCUGCUGCCGCUGCCGCUACACAAUCCACUGUAAAAACAAAACUUGAAGUUGGACAAGUAAAGAGAGGACGUCCAUCUAAAGCCAGUGUCCAAGCCAAGGCGGAAGCCGCUGCCAACACCAACAGUAAUAACGGAACUGGUGUCGCCAGCUCUGCUCCGCCACGCGAAGUGGAACCAGCAAGCAGAGAACACUAUUUGAAUACCAGAGCAAAGGUAAUGGGAACCAACGCCAUUGCAAUCGUUAUUCGAAUGUGGCCAACCGAACAGUCACAGGAAGUCAUGGACAUGCUACUUGGCAUGGUUACAUCGGCAUCUGCAAUUCAAAGACAUCUGGCAUCGAUGAUACUGACAGAGAUCUUUUAUUGCAGUGUCGUACAAACCAAUGGAAUGCCAACAGUUUCCAUUCCACCACAACCAGUUCUGCCACCUACGAUGGUCGCCACCAUGUCGGAGCUGCUCAAUGACUCCGACCCGACUUGGUACUACCACGAAGCCGACACCAUCAUCAAAUCCAAGUUGGCAUCAGACUCAAAGAUUCUCUCUCAAAGUCUGAUGAAUGUUGGAAUCGAUUUUACAGGUGUUGCACUACUUGUCCAAUGGGUACAAGACCAGCCUUUACUUCAACCAGAGACCAUCCUCCCGUUGUCUUUGGAGUUGAUAUCCAAUGUCUAUGCUUAUUGUCUCGAGAAUAUUCAACGUCUAAUUCCUGCCAGUACAAAGAAUGGACUGGUCGACCAGUUGGAAGCCAGAAGAAAGACGAUACUCGCUACCAUGGGAUAUAUCGACAAGCUUCAAAAAGAGAUGCAUACUAUGGUGCUUGCUGCUGUGGAUGGCGCGCUCAUUGCAUCCAACAACAUACCCGCCAAGGUAACACCGGCCAUUCGUUCGUUGCUCCACUCUAUUCGAAACGAAGAGGACGAUAUCUACCAGUUCAGAACGGCUCAUUCGUUGGCGCACUUUGUGCAGUUGUGUGCAACUCGAACACCAUGUCCAAACGACAAGGUUAUCAAAUCAAUGUUUUCCGUGCUCUGUGAAGACAGAACACAUACUCCUCUGGCAUCAAUUGGCUCUGAUCUUAAGUUUGAAGAGGAUAAUGCCAACGGAGUAUUACUAUUACAACAACAACAACAGCACCAGCAACAACAGAAUUUAGAUUCCGAAGAAUCAAAGAUUGCAAGACUCGGAAGAAGAGGAGCAAACGAGUUCUUUAUCAGAUUGGUUGGACGGCUUGGUGAAACGCUUUUCAAUGUUCUCCCUACUUUCUUCCCGAUGAUUUCACAAAACCUAGUAGCUUUAUACCAAGAGACUACUGGACCAUCUGGUUUCACUUUGGUUGUCAAUGAUUUUGAACGUCUUCAAUUGGUGAUCGACGAACUCCAGUUGUUCAAGACGGUUCUUCCCAAACUACAUCCAUCUUUCCAUAGCCAUUUGAUUGACUUGAUCCCGAUUAUUUUCCACUUUGUACAAACACCCAAUCUAUCGGUACAAUCGAUGGUAUCAAAGACGAUUGCACAGCUUUGCUUGACUAUAACACUGCCUUCGAUGCAUCAUCUCAUUUACAAUAUGUUACCGCUGCUCGGUGACUCCAAGUCAUCGACCAACAGAUAUGGUGCCAUUACCACUCUACUGCAGAUAAUCAACGAUAUGUCACUCGAGAUCGUUCCAUACAUUGUAUUCUUGACGAUUCCAGUACUUGGAUGUAUGAGUGACCAAGAGAUUCCUCUGAGGAAGAAGGCAUCGCUUUGUUUUGCCAAGUUGGUCAAGUUGAUGCCCCUCGAACCCGGUGUUCCAAAUCCAGUUGGACUGGACGAGAAACUUGUACAACAGAAACUGGAAGAGCGUAAAUUCCUUGAGCAACUAUUGGACGGAUCGAAAGUCGAGCAGUAUCCACUACCAAUUCGUAUCAACACCGAACUCAGAAAGUAUCAACAGGACGGUGUCAACUGGCUGGCUUUCCUCAACAAAUAUAAACUACAUGGUAUUCUCUGUGAUGAUAUGGGUCUUGGAAAGACACUACAAGCCAUCUGUAUCAUGGCUGGUGACGACUAUGACAGACGUGUCAAUUUCGCUGCAAAGGGAACACCAAACUUCCAGCCACUUCCCUCGAUUGUCGUGUGUCCAUCUACGCUGGUCGGUCACUGGUAUUAUGAAAUCAAGAAGUUCUGUGAUACAACGAUGCGUCCAAUGACUUAUAUGGGUGCACCGGCUGAACGUGCUGCACUUCGCGCCAAAUUCAAGGAUCACAAUGUCUUGAUUAUGUCGUAUGACAUUGUACGUAAUGACAUUGACCAUCUGACAGAGUUGAGUUUCAACUAUUGUAUUCUGGACGAAGGACAUAUCAUUAAGAAUACCAAGACUAAACUGACCCAGGCUGUCAAACAACUAAAGUCGAAUCAUCGUUUGAUUCUCUCUGGUACACCUAUUCAGAACAAUGUUCUCGAGCUUUGGUCACUCUUUGACUUUUUGAUGCCCGGAUUCCUUGGUACCGAACGUCAAUUCGAUGAUCUCUACAGCAAGCCAAUUCUCGCCAGUAAAGAUCCAAAGUGUACACCAAAGGACCAAGAGGCAGGCGCUCUUGCAAUGGAAGCACUUCACAGACAAGGAAUCGAUCAGGAGAUCAUAUCUGAGGAUGCAGAUGAAGAACCACAGGAAACAAAGAAAUCGACCAAGAAAGGUGGACAAGCAACUACUCAUGUAUUCCAGGCACUUCAAUAUCUCCGUAAACUAUGUAGUCAUCCUCAGUUUGUAUUGAAUCAGAAUCAUCCACAGUACAAUGCGAUUAUAAAGGAACUAAAGGCAAGCAAAUCCGACAUUACCGACAUUGAACACUCACCGAAAUUGACAACUUUGAAAGAGUUGCUAUUGGAGUGUGGAAUCGGUGUGCAAUCUGCCAACGCCAACUCUAAUAACAAUGCGGAUUUGAGCCAAGACGUUACCACUCAGCAUCGUGUGUUGAUUUUCGCCCAGAUGAAAUCAAUGUUGGACGUUGUAGAGACUGACCUUCUCAAACACCAUAUGCCAUCGGUAACCUAUUUAAGAAUGGACGGUUCAACCGAUCCAAUGAAAAGACAUUCGAUUGUCAAUCAAUUCAAUUCCGAUCCAUCGAUUGACUUGCUGCUACUGACCACACACGUCGGUGGUCUAGGUUUGAAUCUUACCGGUGCCGAUACUGUCAUCUUUUUGGAACACGACUGGAAUCCAAUGAAGGAUUUACAAGCUAUGGAUCGUGCGCAUCGUAUCGGUCAGAAGAAGGUGGUCAAUGUUUACCGUCUUAUUACCGCUGGUACUCUCGAGGAGAAGAUCAUGGGUCUGCAACGAUUCAAACUCAACAUUGCCAACACCAUUGUCAAUCAAGAGAAUCAAUCGAUACAGACAAUGUCAACGAACGAACUACUUAAUCUCUUUGACUACAACGAAAGUGAUUCACAGAAGAAGGAGAGUGGUGAUAACGGAGCAGUCAACUCUAUGGGUCAAGUAGAGAAACCUAGCAAAUCUGGACUCAAGAAUGUGUUGGCAUCGAUCGGAGAACUCUGGGACGAAUCACAAUAUACCGAAGAAUUUGAUAUCAAUAACUUUAUUGGAUCAUUACAAUAA